AUGCACCGCCGUGGAACCUGCAGCGCUAUCAAGGUCAACGAUGGUGACAUCUGCCCUACUCUCGCCACUCGCUGUGGAACCUCCCCUGCCGACUUCACAAAGUACAACCCGGGCAAAACUGUAUGCUCGGAUUUGCGUGCUGGGCAACACAUAUGCUGCUCUGCCGGAACGCUUCCCGACUACUCUCCAAAGCCAAAUGCAGAUGGAACCUGUGCGACUUAUACAGUUCAAAACAACGAUGACUGUAAGAAAAUUGCCGCUGCCAACAGCAUUACAACAGACAAUAUCAAAGAUUGGGACGCCAAGUCGUGGGGCUGGACAGGUUGUUCCCCCAUCCAGGCUGGUGCCAAAAUUUGUGUCAGCAAGGGAGAUCCGCCAAUGCCAUCUGUUCUGAAGACCGCUGUAUGCGGCCCACAAAAGGCUGGGACCAAGAGACCGGAUAAUUGGGAUGAUAUUGAGAGCCUGAAUCUUUGCCCUCUCAAUGCUUGCUGCGAUAUUUGGGGCCAAUGCGGCACUACUGCAAAAUUCUGCACAAAAACCAACUCUACCACACGUGCACCUGCAACAGCGAAGAAUGGCACCGAUGGAUGUAUCUCCAACUGUGGCACUGACAUCGUUUUUGAUGAUACCGGCUUCGACGACCAUCCAGUGCUGGUUGGAUACCAUGAAGCCUUCCAGAAUACGCGACCGUGUUUGAAUCUGGAUGUGACAGCGAUCAACAACACGGUUGAGUGGGGUGGCCAAGAUGGAGGUCAUUCAAUUUUUGAUCAAACUUGGGACCAUAUCCACUUUGCUUUCGCCAACAUCUCUGAAAAAUUCGAAGUUGAUGUCUCGAGUGUCAAGGAUGAGUUUGAUGAUUUCAAGAAGUACUCAUCUCCGAGGAAAAAGCCAAAGGUCUUGUCCUUCGGUGGUUGGUCGUUCUCCACAGAUUUGGACUCGUAUGCCAUCUUCAGAAAGGGGGUGACAGGUGAACAGCGUUCAUUAUUCGCAUCGAACGUGGCAAAAUUUGCCGAUGACAAUGACCUUGACGGUUUGGACUUUGAUUGGGAGUACCCCGGUGCCCCUGAUAUCCUUGGAAUUCCGGCAGGUGAUUCAGGUGGUGCUCCCUCAUCCUAUUGGUAUCUCAAGGGCUUCCCUAUCAAGAAUAUCUCGUCGGUCGUGGACUACAUCGUGUACAUGACCUAUGAUCUGCACGGCCAAUGGGACUACAACAGUACUUGGGCGGCUGAUGGUUGCGACGGCAGUGCCUGUCUCCAAUCUCACAUCAACAACACAGAAAUCUUGAAUUCCCUGUCAAUGAUCACCAAGGCUGGAGUCCCCAACAGCAAAAUCGUCGCGGAUCUUGCUAGCUACGGCCGGUCAUUUGGAAUGGUCGACCCGGCCUGCUUUGGUCUAGAGUGCAAGUUCACGGGCCCUGAUUCUACAGCCAUGCCUGGAAGAUGCACUCGGACACCCGGUUACAUUGCGAAUGCAGAUAUCCAAGAGUGGCUGCAGGGUGAUCAGAAUAUCACUACCUACUUCGACGAGGUUAGCCGAUCUAAUAAUGAUAUUAUAGAUAAUAAUUAA